AGAAAAUAUAAAAAGCUCCUAAAAGUAGUGAAGAAAAGGGGAGCCCAAAUUUUCUUGCGCCAAUUUCAAAUUUGCGAACUGUAAAAUAUGGAGGAAAAUCGGUGGAGCUCUCAAUCCAGCGAUCUGCUUCGGAAGAUCAGAGAGUUUACAAGAUCUAUCGUUGAGGAUUUGAGCAAGGGACAAUCUCCGUUUGUUUCCAUUCAACGCUUCAGGAAUUACUGCACUAAUUCUAAUGGAGAAUGCAAUUGCAGCUAUGAUAAGUCAAAUGGACAGGAAAUUCUCACAUUUCAAAAGGAAACCCAUGUGCAUAGAAUUGAUGUGUUGCUAAGGGUUCUGCUCAUAGUUCAGCAACUUCUGCAAGAAAACAGACAUGGGUCCAAAAGAGAUAUAUAUUACAUGCAUCCAUUAGUAUUUUCAGAACAAUCAGUUGUGGAUAGAGCAAUUAAUGACAUUUGCAUCCUCAUGCAAUGCAGUCGGCACAACCUAAAUGUGGUACCAGUUGGAAAUGGUUUGGUGAUGGGAUGGUUGAGAUUCCUAGAAGCAGGAAAGAAAUUUGAUUGCAUGAAUAGUCCAAACACUGUCCACCCAAUUCCAGUGCUUGUUGAGGAUGUCAAAGGUAUCCAGAAAAUUGGGAGUUAAAUGGAUAGUAUUGGAUAUUAUAUGAUAUAUUUGUCCUGAGUGCCAUGCCAUCAAUCUAGAAGACAGAUUUGUUCAGGAAUAAGUUUCCCUUCACUCUUUGAUGCAGACAUUGUUAGUGUUGCCCAAUACAUACUUGUUGUGGAGAAAGAAUCAGUUUUUCAGCGUUUAGCAAAUGAUCAGUUUUGUAAGACAAACCGCUGUAUUGUCAUCACAGGAAGAGGCUAUCCAGAUGUUCCAACAAGAAGGUUUUUGCAACUCCUCACUGAGAAGUUACGUCUGCCUGUCUAUUGCUUGGUAGAUUGUGAUCCUUAUGGUUUUGACAUCCUAGCAACAUAUCGCUUUGGUUCUAUGGUUAGGCUUCUUGAUUGAACACAUUAUUUUCUUGUCAUCUUCGAAUUUAUCUACUUAAGCAAAAACAAAAUAGACUAUAAUUAUUGAGGCAGCAAAGGCUGUUUUCAGUCACCAUUAUGAUGUGGAUAUUUCUUGGUCUAACUGUAUCUACUUUGUAAGCAAAUGGCUUACGAUGCAAAAUUUCUACGAGUCCCAAACAUACACUGGCUUGGAACCUUUCCUUCCGAUUCUGAGAAAUACAACCUUCCCCAGCGCUGUCUCCUUCCUUUGACUGCGGAAGAUAAGAGGAAAACUGAAGCCAUGCUACUCAGAUGCUACUUGCACCGGGAAGUGCCAAGCUGGAGGUAGAUUAAUGUGGCAUCACAUACUUUGCUUUUAUAUUUGAAGUAUAUAUAGUAAAGAAUAAGUGGUGCCUCUGCUCUUUUUCACUCUUUUGGAAAUGAAGGUCGGAACUAGAGUUGAUGCUGCAAAGAGGAGUGAAAUUCGAGAUUGAAGCACUAUCCGUUCACUCACUUUCCUUCUUGUCAGAAGUGUACCUCCCAUCCAAGAUUCAAGGUGGAAUUUUUAUCUAACUCAUUGAUAAAUUCCAGACUAUAUAUAACCCUUUGAGGGCAAAUUACUUCCUCAAUAGGCAAAGUUUAUUCAGCCAAGUUAUGAACACGUUUAUGUAUAGCUCAUUGAUAUAUUCCAGACAACAUUUAUAUUAUUCACAAAAUCAUGGCUUUUCACUUUGAGAAUCUAAGUAGCCACUUUGUCUUGAAAACUUUUUGCAAAGGUGCUUGUUGUUAGGCAAAGUAAUAAAGUCACUUUAAAGUA